UCGCCGCCUUGCAUCCUGGGAAGGGUAGUUCUCGAGGCUCUGAAGGAGAAUGGAGCUGGGCGGAAGCAGGACGCCGAGAGAACUACAUGCAGGAGGCGGGGUCCAGAGCGAGGAAUCUACGCGGCUAGCAGUGGCGAAGGCGGCUGUAGCGGCAGCAUGAAGCGGACCCCGACCGCCGAGGAACGAGAGCGCGAAGCUAAGAAACUGAGGCUUCUUGAGGAGCUUGAAGAUACCUGGCUUCCUUAUCUGACCCCCAAGGAUGAUGAAUUUUAUCAGCAGUGGCAGCUGAAAUAUCCUAAACUAAUUCUCCGCGAAGCCGGCAGCGUCCCCGAGGAGCUCCAUAAAGAAGUUCAAGAAGCCUUCCUCACACUGCACAAGCAUGGCUGCUUCUUUCGGGACCUGGUUAGGAUCCAGGGCAAAGAUUUGCUCACUCCGGUGUCUCGCAUCCUCAUCGGAAACCCAGGCUGCACCUACAAGUACCUGAACACCAGGCUCUUUACGGUACCCUGGCCAGUGAAGGGUGCUAGUACGAGAUACGAGGAGGCUGAAAUAGCGGCUGCUUGUCAGACCUUCCUCAGGCUCAAUGACUACCUGCAGAUAGAGACCAUCCAGGCUCUGGAAGAACUCGCCUGCAAAGAGAAGUCGAAUAUCGAUGCCGUGCCUGUGUGUAUAGGGCCAGACUUCCCCCGGGUCGGUAUGGGGUCCUUCGAUGGGCAGGAUGAGGCGGACAUUAAGAACAGAGCGGCAUACAACGUAACUCUGUUGAAUUUCAUGGAUCCCCAGAAAAUGCCCUACCUGAAAGAGGAGCCUUACUUUGGCAUGGGGAAAAUGGCCGUGAGCUGGCAUCACGAUGAAAACCUCGUGGAGCGCUCAGCGGUGGCGGUGUAUAGUUAUAGCUGUGAAGGUACAAACAUACCUCUUUCUCGUCUCGGGGCGCUGCCCAACUCUCUGUUACACGGGACGCAGAUGGAGUAUUUUCGCGUAUUUGACUACUGUCCUUCCUUGCCGGAAGCGGUUGGAUUUCCGAAACCUGGUCCCCUUGGAACAGAGACCCUAGGCUACCUUUUCUCGGCCUACCGGCACUUUCCUUCCUGUGUUGUUCAGUUGCUCUGGGUGCAGGGUCUCCGCUGUUUUUCAGCACAGGCUCCUAAGACAAUUGGGCAGAUCCAGGAUGGCGUGACCACGCUGACUUCGUUCUUUGCCUGGUCAUUUGACAGAGGGGUACAAGAUGCAGUAUUGACCCUGUUGUCUAUCUCUUCGACCUGUUUACUGGAAGAUGCUUGCAAAAGCAGAGUUCUAGAUGUCCCAUCAGGGAAAGACCUGGAACUUUUAAGGAUAAGUGUGAAGUUCUACAAAAAGCCAGGACUUCUGUCUCCCAGGUUGAUAAAGCGCAAGGCUGUAAGUAAUUCAGAGGAAGCAAAAUCAAAGGGGACAGUGGAUUCCGACAUAGGCCUUCGGGAAUACGAAGGAAACUGCCAAAAGAAACUGGCAGUGUUUGCCACCAUUCCCAAAUCUCCCGGUGGCCAUGCCUUCUCUAGUGCUCCUACCAACUUUCAGCUGGACGUGCCCGUAGCAAAAAAUGCGGACGUGAAUGUUGCUCUGGACCCUUUCCUCCGCCGAGUGCGGGUGAUCCGAACAAUGGCCCUGACACCGGGGGACGUUAUCACGUGGUGGAACUGUAUUCCAUACGGAUGUACGUGGCCCUUUACCCUGCCGAGUCUUAGGGCUUCCUGCUAUAGCGGUGUGCGUCAAUGGGAAGGGAAGGCGGGGCUCCUUACCCCUGGAGACAAGACAAAUGCUGUGCUUCGUGAAGUUAGAAGAGAGGGGGUCCCCGUGGAACAAAGGAAUGAAAUCUUGACUGCUAUCCUUGCCUUGCUCACCAGCCGCCAGAAUCUGAGGAGGGAGUGGCAUGCCAGGUGCCAGUCCCGAAUUGCCCGAACUUUACCUGUGGAUCAGAAGCCAGAAUGUCGGCCAUAUUGGGAAAAGGAUGAUCCUUCGAUGCCUCUGCCGUUUGAUCUCACAGACGUCGUUUCAGAACUCAGAGGUCUGCUUCUGGAAGCAAAACCCUAGAAGGAGCACAAGUCUUAGGUGGAGGAGGAAAAGAUAUUUUUGGCUUCCUUCCUCCAACCAUGUCAUGGGCUUGGACAAGGGUAGACUUGGCCUUUAGAUUGUAGAACCUGGGUCCCAGAUGGAAAGAGUAGGGAGUGGAGCCCAUGAAUAUUAAAAUGUUUAAAAAAUGA